CAGGAACCCAUGAAUUCCACCAACAUCUACGACGCAAAUGAGGAUUAUUUUGGGUUGGCUAAUAGUUCAGAUUAUUCACUCGAUGUUGAUAGCUUUCUGUGUUCCUUGCAAGAGGUCAGAAAGUUCUCUGGGCUAUUUGUGCCACUCGCUUACUCCUUGAUAUGUGUCUCUGGCCUCCUGGGCAAUAUUUUGGUGGUGGUCACCUUUGCUUUUUAUAAGAAAGCCAAGUCUAUGACAGACGUCUAUCUCUUGAACAUGGCCGUCGCAGACAUACUCUUUGUCCUUACCCUCCCGUUCUGGGCCGUCAACCAUGCUACUGGCGAGUGGAUUUUCAGCAACGUCAUGUGCAAACUGACCCGGGGCAUCUACGCCAUCAACUUUAACUGCGGGAUGCUGCUCCUGACCUGUAUCAGCCUGGACCGCUACAUCGCCAUCGUGCAGGCCACCAAGUCCUUCCGGCUCCGGUCCAGAGCCUUGGCUCACCACAAAGUGAUCUGUUUGGUCGUGUGGGUGGUGUCGAUCCUCAUCUCCAGCUCGACCUUCAUGUUCAACCAGAAAUACAAGCUACAAGGCAGCGACGUCUGCGAGCCCAGGUACCACACCGUCUCCGAGCCAAUCCGCUGGAAGCUGCUGGUGCUGGGACUUCAGCUCCUCUUCGGCUUCUUCAUCCCGCUGGUGUUUAUGAUAUUUUGCUACAUGUUUAUCGUCAAGACCUUAAUUCAAGCUCAGAAUUCUAAAAGGCACAGAGCCAUCCGCGUGAUCAUAGCCGUGGUCCUUGUCUUCCUGGCUUGCCAGAUCCCGCAUAACAUGGUUCUUCUUGUGACCGCCGUCAACCUGGGCAGGACGGACCGCUCAUGCAGCAGCGAGAGGCUGCUGGGCUACACCAGGAAUGUCACCGAGGUCCUGGCUUUCCUGCACUGCUGCCUCAACCCGGUGCUCUAUGCCUUCGUCGGUCAGAAGUUUAGAAGCUACUUUCUGAAGAUCAUGAAGGACCUGUGGUGUGUGAGGAGGAGGCAGAAGUCGCCGGGCUUCUCCUGCUCCCGGCUGCACUCGGACAACUUCAUCUCCCGGCAGAACAGCGAGACCGCGGACAAUGACAACCCGUCCUCCUUCACCAUGUGACG